GGACCACAAGAAGAGGGUUGGGCUUGAAUAUGCAAUGGCUGCUGCAAUGUGGACCGGCGGUGCACGGAGGGUCGCCCACGUCGUGCGGAACUUGCUGGAAAGCAGAGGCAAACACACCUCGUCACCAUCCCGGUACGAUGCACUGGUCAUCGGGGGAGGGCACAAUGGACUAGUGGCGGCUGCCUAUCUCCAGAGAGGAGGCCUAAAGACAGCAGUGUUGGAGCGCAGACAUGUGCUCGGAGGUGCUGCAGUGACUGAGGAGAUCUUCCCUGGUUUCCACUUCUCCAGGUGCUCCUACGUGCUCAGUCUGUUGCGGCCGCACAUUUACGCCGACUUGGAGCUGAAGAAACAUGGACUGAAGGUGCACCUGAGGGACCCCCAUGCUUUCACUCCCAUGUUGGAGGAGGGGGUGGGCGGGGGUCCGCCGAGGUCACUCACCCUGGGCUCAGAUCGCGCCGAGAACCGCAGGGAGAUCGGCAAGUUUUCCCGGAAAGAUGCUGAGGCGUUUUCAGGUUUCGUUUCGCAUCUUGAGAAGCUAGCGGCCGCCAUCCACCCCCUCCUGGAUGCCCCCCCCGUCGACAUUCCAGGCAUGACAAGCGGCUCGUGGCGGAAGAGGCUGGCGGCGGCCAAAACACUGAAGCCGGUGGUCAAAUGUGGGCUGAAACUGGGCAGAAACAUUCCAGACUUUUAUGAGAUCACAACAGCACCGAUCAUGAAGAUCCUCAAUCGGUGGUUUGAGUCGCAGCCGUUGAUUGCAACGCUGGCUACUGACGCCGUUAUUGGAGCCAUGACCAGCCCCAGCAAUCCCGGUAGCGGGUAUGUUCUCUUGCAUCAUGUGAUGGGCGAGUUAGAGAAGGAGAAGGGGGCGUGGGGGUACGUGGAAGGAGGCAUGGGAGGCGUGGCCAAGGCUUUGGCCAACUCUGCUCGGUCCUACGGCGCAGAUAUUUUCACUGAGAAGGAUGUAAAACAGGUCCUGGUUGACUCACACGGCGCUGCGAAAGGAGUGGCAUUGAAGGACGGCAGGGAAAUUCAUAGUAGGAUUGUUCUCUCGAACGCGACUCCGUAUGUCACCUUUAAAAACCUCACACCACAGAGCGCCCUUUCUCCAGCAUUCCUCAAAGCUGUCGAUCAAAUAGACCACACCUCACCUGUCACCAAGAUCAAUGUGGCAGUGAACAAGCUGCCCAACUUCCUGGCGGCCCCGACACCUGACAACAAAGCAGGACCCCACCAUCAGUGCUCCAUUCACUUGAACUGUGAACAUGUGGACCUCCUGGAGUCGGCCUACAAAGAGGCCAUGAACGGACGCCCUUCAACAAGGCCCAUGAUCGAGAUGACCAUACCGUCGCUGGACUCCACCCUGGCGCCCUCUGGCUGCCACGUGGUGUCACUGUUCACACAGUUCACCCCCUUCCACAUCGAGGGCAGAGAGUGGACUGAGCAGGACAGAGAGGCCUUCGCAGAUACUGUAUUCAACUGGGUGGAACAGUACGCCCCUGGAUUUAAGGACUCAGUGGUGGGAAGAGACGUCCUGACUCCACCUGACCUGGAAAGAAUCUUUGGGCUGACUGGAGGGAAUAUCUUUCACGGAUCAAUGUCAUUGGACCAGCUGUACCUAGCACGACCGCUGCCUUGUCUCUCAGACUACCGUACUCCAGUUAAAGGGCUGUAUCUGUGUGGCAGUGGCAGUCAUCCAGGUGGAGGUGUGAUGGGGUCCCCUGGAUGGAACGCUGCUCUUACCGCCAUGGCUGACCUGAAACGUCAAUAGCAAAUGGUUGCAUGAAUUACGUGAAACACUUAUUACUCCCAUCUGAUCCGACGGUAUUUUAAAUAAUUCUUACAUAUCUGUGAGAACUCAUGACGACAUUAAAGUUGAAUAGCCUUAAGUGUGUAUACAUGCUAACUAGUCAGAAGUCUUAUCAUUAAGUGCAAUCGUGCACGCUGUGAAAGCUAUUUUUUAAAGAUGAAUAAUAAUUAUACAGUUGUCAUGAAAUUCCAUGGAGUUUAUUUUGUGCUCCGAAUUUUAAUAAUGCAUAGAUUUAAUAGAUGGUAACCACAGCAACUUUUAGCAUUGUCAUACAUAUGUCAAUAUUAUUACUGUAUUUUUGUAGAUUUUAUUUGAUGCUGCCUUACAUUCCUAUAGUACUUGUGUUCAAAACAAAAAACAAUUCUAGGUACUCUGUAAGUUGUAUUACAUGAUAUGUUGUCUGAAAUAUUAUGUUUUCAAAUUG